AUGAAAGAGACUGUUGUGAAAGGAGCUCUAAAGUUGAAGAAGGUGUCGUCGGAGGCGCCGAAAAAAGCCAAGAAGAGCAAGCCGACGAUGGAUCUGAAGCAAGUGGAUAUGACGAUCCGAAGGUUUGCAAAGCAUGAUCAGACAGCUAACGGUCUCAGAGAUUCCAGAAACACUUCCGGCACCGGAUCGCAAAAAACCGAAGCCGAGCUUCGGUUUGAAGCCAGAAGACAAGCGAAUAUGGUGAGAAAGAUUUGAAAAACCUUAGAAGCUCUAAUGAAAAGUAUUCAGGCGGAGAAAAUGCUGAAGCGAGCUGCCGUCAGUCAUCGUGAAAAAGUGGAGAAGUUCAACAAGCAAAUGGAAGAAAUGACCGAGUUCAACGAUAUUCCAAAAGUCUCGUGGACUAAAUAA